GUUCGGCUUCACGGAACUCUGUGCGCAUGCUCCAACGCUGAACUUGAGCCAGUUCAGGGCCUAGGCGCAGACGCACUAAGCCUAAGCAGCCGGUGAUGGCGGCAGCGGCGGUGGUGGCUGCGGCGGGGCCGGGUCCAUGAGGCGACGACGGAGGCGGGACGGCUUUUACCCAGCGCCUGACUUCCGAGACAGGGAAGCUGAAGACAUGGCAGGAGUGUUUGACAUAGACCUGGACCAGCCAGAGGACGCAGGCUCUGAGGAUGAGCUGGAGGAGGGGGGUCAGUUAAAUGAAAGCAUGGACCAUGGGGGAGUUGGACCAUAUGAACUUGGCAUGGAACAUUGUGAGAAAUUUGAAAUCUCAGAAACCAGCGUGAACAGAGGGCCAGAAAAAAUCAGACCAGAAUGUUUUGAGCUACUUCGGGUACUUGGUAAAGGAGGCUAUGGAAAGGUUUUUCAAGUACGAAAAGUAACAGGAGCAAAUACUGGGAAAAUAUUUGCCAUGAAGGUGCUUAAGAAGGCAAUGAUAGUAAGAAAUGCUAAAGAUACAGCUCAUACAAAAGCAGAACGGAAUAUUCUGGAGGAAGUAAAGCAUCCCUUCAUUGUGGAUUUAAUUUAUGCCUUUCAGACCGGUGGAAAACUCUACCUCAUCCUUGAGUAUCUCAGUGGAGGAGAAUUAUUUAUGCAGUUAGAAAGAGAGGGAAUAUUUAUGGAAGACACAGCCUGCUUUUACUUGGCAGAAAUUUCCAUGGCUUUGGGGCAUUUACAUCAAAAGGGCAUCAUCUACAGAGACCUGAAGCCGGAGAACAUCAUGCUUAAUCACCAAGGUCAUGUGAAACUAACAGACUUUGGACUAUGCAAAGAAUCUAUUCAUGAUGGAACAGUUACACAUACAUUUUGUGGCACGAUAGAAUACAUGGCCCCAGAAAUCUUGAUGAGAAGUGGCCACAAUCGUGCUGUGGAUUGGUGGAGUUUGGGAGCAUUAAUGUAUGACAUGCUGACUGGAGCACCUCCAUUCACUGGGGAGAAUAGAAAGAAAACGAUAGACAAAAUCCUCAAAUGUAAACUUAAUUUGCCUCCCUACCUCACACAAGAAGCCAGAGAUCUGCUUAAAAAGCUGCUGAAAAGAAAUGCUGCUUCUCGUCUUGGAGCUGGUCCUGGGGACGCUGGAGAAGUUCAAGCUCAUCCAUUUUUCAGACACAUUAACUGGGAAGAACUCCUGGCUCGGAAAGUAGAGCCACCCUUUAAACCGCUAUUGCAAUCUGAAGAGGAUGUAAGUCAGUUUGAUUCAAAGUUUACACGUCAAACACCUGUUGACAGCCCAGAUGACUCAACUCUUAGUGAAAGUGCCAACCAGGUCUUUUUGGGUUUUACAUAUGUGGCUCCAUCUGUACUUGAAAGUGUGAAAGAAAAGUUUUCCUUUGAACCAAAAAUCCGAUCCCCUCGAAGAUUUAUUGGUAGCCCUCGAACACCUGUCAGCCCGGUCAAAUUUUCUCCUGGGGAUUUCUGGGGAAGAGGUGCUUCAGCCAGCACGACAAAUCCUCAGACACCCGUGGAAUACCCAAUGGAAACAAGUGGAAUAGAGCAGAUGGAUGUGACAAUGAGUGGGGAAGCAUCGGCACCACUUCCAAUACGACAGCCUAACUCCGGGCCCUACAAAAAACAAGCUUUUCCCAUGAUCUCCAAACGACCAGAGCACCUGCGAAUGAAUCUAUGACAAAGCGAUGCUUUUAAUGAAUUUGAGGCAAAAAAAAAAAAAAAAAAAGUGGGAGAGGGGAUGUAUGAGCAUCCAGCAAGAUGAGACAAGAAGAAUCCAAAUGACAGUGUCAAAGACUCAGUGUCAUUACCUAGAACACUUUGGGUAGAAAAAGAAUAAACAUGGAUUUUUAAAAAUCAAUCAAUGGUGCAAAAAAAAAAAAAAAAAAAAAAAAAACUUCAGCAAAAUAGUAUUGUGGAACUCUUUGGCACAUCAGUUAACUGAUUCCUAGCAACAUCUUCUCAACAUUAUCAAGGGUUUUCAUGUUGAUGGCUCGAAACUGACAGUAUUAAGGAUAGGCUGUUGCUUUGGAAUCACUGGUGAGUUCUGAUUGUAUCGAAGAAGGGUUAUCCUUUCAUUAGGCAAAGUAAGAAAUUGCCUAUAUACUUGCAACUAAGGACAAAUUAGCAUGCAAGCUUGGUCAAACUUUCCAGCAACACGGAAUCAAAGACAAAAGAAACUUAAAAAUUGAGGUUUUACGUGCAAACAACCUGAAUCUUUUUUUUAUAUAAAUAUAUAUUUUUCAAAUAGAUUUUUGAUUCAGCUCAUUAUGGAAAACAUCCCAAACUUUAAAAUGCGAAAUUAUUGGUUGAUGUGAUGAAGGCCAGACAGCUUCUGUUUCUUCUCUUGAUGAAAUAAUAAAAUGCAAUGAAUCAUUGUUAACCACAGCUGUGGCUCGUUUGAGGGCUUGGGGUAGACCUGGGGUUUAUCUUUAGUAACCCAGCUGCAAUACCUGUCUUUAGUACUAGAAAAAAAAAAAAAAAAAAAAAGAAUCUAUUUAAUCAUUUCUACUUGCAGUACUGCUAUGUGCUAAGCUUAACUGGAAGCCUUGGAAUGGGCAUAAACGGUAUGUCCUACAUGUCAUCUUUGUCCUGGGCCUGCCUUGCACUGGAAAACAAUCGCCACCUGUUCUUAUACCAGUAUUGGGAUCAAUCGUCAAAUAUGUUCAGCCUGUGGCUGAGGAAGGACGGAAGAGAGUCAGGAAAAAAUCCAUACUGAGGGCGGCAAAGUGGGGAAGAUAGGGAUAUCCAGGGGAAGAGGGUGCUGCCGUAGCCACUCUCUGUACAAAUUGGUUAGGUUUCAGGUUUUACUUUUUACUAUUUUUGCUGUCUACCUUCCUUAACAUUUUUUCCUCAGUAGUUUUCAAAAGGAAAAAAGGUCUAAUUUUUUUCUCCUAUACUGGGCUAUUUUUUAUUGUAAAAAUACUCGAUGGCCUUUUGAUGAAUGUCUUCCAUAGUGAAUAAGAAAAUUUAGUGGCUUAAUUUAGGAAAUAUGUUAACAGGACAUUGUUUUUGAAAUUGUAACAAAAUCUACAUAAGUGAUUUACAGGUACAAAGAAUAAAAAUAAAGGUAACUUUACCUUUCUUAAAUCUUUCCUGCCUUAAAGAGAGCAUUUCCGUGAUGUUAGCUGGUGAAAGGGUUUCCUAUCUGCAGAGCUUUAUAAAAACACGUUCAGUGCAUACUGGUACAAGUAGAUGAUCAUGCAGUUGCAGUUGAGUCUUCAUCAUUUUUUGUUGGUCUUUUAUAAUGUCUUUAGUCUGUGCAAAGUUAAUUUGUAAUAGUUUGCAACCCUAGGAUUUUUUAAAAUAGAUGCUGCUUGCUGUGUUCUCCAAACCUUUUUGAGCCAUAGGAUUCAAGCCAUAAAAUUCUUUAUGCAUGUUGAGUUCAGAGCAAGACUUUGCUGAUUUCAAUUGGAAUUCAGGUUAUAUGAGGAUGAAAUCAUAUGAAAAUAAGCAGACAUGGAACCAUGAAAAUUUAUUGGGAAUACACCUUUUCAAUUGUGGCAAUAAGUGAAUUGAUAAGAUCAUCUUUGGACAGAACACCUUUUUUUGUUUGUUUAAACCAUUACUGCCAGACCACUUUUUUUUAUUGCAGCAGCCUACUGAGAACUUUAUAAUUGUAUAGCUGAUAAAUUAGAAGCUACAAUAAGGGCAGAAGUUGUACUUAGAGUACAGGUCUCUGUUUUCUGACAAUUUGUGAUGUCUGACAAGCAGAACCCAAAAAGCCAUGGUGAAAUGUAUAGGCACUGUUUCAGACUGUACACGAUUUGUACUACUCUGAUACUUGUUUCCAAAUGUGUUUACUAACUAUAGCAUUGACUGCCUGACCAAAUUCCAGCGAAACUUCACCAAAAUAUUCCUCCUCAGUCCUGUUUGCUAGUAACAUGUGCACUAUGAUUGGCUGGCUAUAACCACCCCAAAGUUAAAUUGUUUUCAUGAUUAGCACUGCCAGUAAUAGUGGCAAACACUGCAAGUUUUUUUGCAUAAAACGCAUUAAUUACACACCUACUGUCCAAACAAAGAUAUAGUUUUUCUGUAGUAACAUUUAAUGAGUAAAAUUAAUUUCCCAUGCUAAGGCAAGUUUAUUGAGAAAAAUUGUGUUUCAUAAAUGGAUAUCCCUACAAUGACUGUGAAAACAUGUCAAGUGUCACGUCAGUGUCACAGACAGAAAGCACACACCUAUGCAAUAUGGCUUACCCUGUAUUUAUUUGUAAAAAUCCGAGCAUAGUUUAAAAUAUAUGGUGUCAAUAUUACUAGUCUUGAGUUUCUAAGAGGGUUCUUUAUGAUUAUAUCAGGUAAGUGUGUAAAAAAGAUUAAGUGCUUUUCUUUCAUCACUUGAUUAUUUUCGUUAAGAUCAGCUUAUUACAGGAUAUUUUUUUAUUUUAUACAUGCUGUUUUUUAAUUAAAAUGUAAUCACUGAACUGAAGUUUACUAAUUUGAUUUUAUAAGGUUUGUAGCAUUACAGAUUAAACUGGGAUUUAUAAACCAGCUGUGAUUAACAAUGUAUUUACUAUUGAACUUGAACCAGAUUUUUAGGAAAAUUAUGUUAUUUUUCCCCUUUAUGGUCUUUACCAAUCUGAAUUCUUCAAGAAGAAUUUUUCCAUGCUAUUUUUUUGAGAUAGAAGAUAAUUUGAGGUGGGGGGAGGAAGAUGCAUGUGUAAGUCUCCAUAAAUUCAACAGUCUUUACUAUAGGUAAUUAAUUAUUUUAAACAAAGACACAUCUUAGACACUGUUAAUAUCCUAAGCUUUGGAUUUCACAGUUAGCAUAGAACCUAUUGUUUUGAAUAUUCAAUUAAUUUUAUGGUUCCUAGCUUACAGGGCUAGAUCUAAGAUUAUUACCAUGAGAAAUGUUGAAUUUAUGAAGAAUGGGUUUUGAGGCUUUGAAAAUUGUUAAUUUCUCAAAUAAAAGUAUCACUGUCCAACUAUCAAGUUUUUUUUUUUUUUAAUAGGAGUAGACACUAGCAAGCUGGAUAAAAUAAUCAUUUUGUUAAACACGAUCUAGGGACUGUUGCUGAUUACUACCGUACUUUUCUUGUGUGAUUCUUAACACUAUAGCACAAGUAUUAUCUCACUGGAGUCUCUGGAGUAACAUCUAAAAGAUGGAUGGGUUCAUCUCUGUGUUUGCUUUUUAAACUAUUAUGUUUUUCCUACCCAAGUUGGCUUUGCAUCUAUUAAAUAAAUUCUCCAGCUGCCUUAUUAGGAGUAUUAUGAGGGUAACAACACCUUUUCUGCUUUUCAUCUUGUAUUUAGUUUACUGUAUUAGGUAUUUGAUUUCAGAUUGAAUGACUGUAAAUAGAAAUUAAAUGCAAAUUUGAAUGAACAUAAAA